ACAACAUUUUCCCGGUUUAUUUUGGGACUUCAAAUUGAACUCAUUUGUUUACUUUCAUGAUGAAAGUUUCAUCUAUGCGACUUUAACUCAUUACUGAUUGUGUAGUCAUUUAUUUGACCAUGGAGAAAACAAAAUCAAAUUCUCAUAUAGUUUUGAACUGUUCCUCAAAUUUUCAAUCUCUCCGAAUUGAAGACCCCAAAAAAUCAUCUCCUGAAUGUGAAAAUAACCAAUUCCCUCAAUAUUUCCUAAGAUCUAUUCCGGAUUUGAAGAGACAUUUUAGUCUCCAGGAGAAAAUUGGGGAAGGUACUUUCAGCAAGGUGUUCAAGUCAAAAUUAUUGAAGAAUCCAACAAAAAGCUUUGCUUUGAAAUGUAUCGUACCAACUAUGAAAUGGGAUCGAGUGGCAAAUGAAAUUCGUUAUUUAAGAGAUCUUGGUGGGAACUCGAAUAUCAUUGGUGUCAGAACCUGUUUCUUUGGUAGUGGACUAUGCGUCAUUGUGAUGCCAUAUUUUCCAAACACUAAAUUCGUUGAUUUUCUUAAAGAUGCCAAUGGUUUUGAAAUACAAAGCUACAUGAAAAAUCUUUUCAUAGCUUUAGAGGCAGUUCAUAAACAUGGCAUCAUUCACCGUGAUAUUAAACCCAGCAAUUUUCUAUUCAACCGAAAAUCGAUGACAUUUGGACUCAUUGACUUUGGUCUCGCCGAAGACGAGGUAGUUCUCCGUAAACACGCCUUAAGUGCUCGAGAAAAUAUCCAGUUUGCUUCUCCAGCCCUUUCAUCUAAAUCAGCUAUUAAAGAGCUUGUUGCAACCAAAUCAAACUUUGCUCUUCAUGAUAGAGAGGGUAUUAAAAAUCCAGUUUUAAUAAAAAAGCGUACCUAUGAUGACAUGGCCACGACUCCUUCUAAUACUACUUCAUCAAAAAAAGUUAAAUGCAAUGAAAAUUUCAGUACUCCAGUAAAACGUAAAAAUCCAGCAGUAAUUCCAGAAACUCCACCAAAAAAUAAUGUAGAUAAGAAAGAAGCUGAAGUUAAACCACGAAAAUUCAUAUUAAAACCUUCAUCUAUUUCUAAUCCUUGUGCUUGCUAUGGAAAAGAGCAAAUCUGUAAUAAUUGUUUGCGGCGUUUUGAUCUUGCUGCACCCAGAGCUGGAACUAGAGGUUUUCGAGCUCCAGAAGUUUUAUUAAGACAUUUGCAGCAGACAACUGCCAUUGAUGUCUGGUCUGCUGGUGUUAUUAUGGCCUGUUUAUUGUCCAGGAGGUAUCCAUUUUUCAGCACUUUUGCUGAUGAUUUGACUUCUCUUAGUCAAAUGAUGACCGUUUUAGGAAGUAAAAGAUUCAUCAAAGCGGCAAAAGAAUUGAACCAAUCAAUUAUUAUGAACCCAAAGACAAUACCUCCACUCGAUUUGAAAAAGCUAUGUGAAAAUCUUAGAGGCAAUAAUUCACUCGAAAUAGACGACAGUGCCUACGAUUUACUGGAUCAUCUUCUUGAGCCCAAUCCAAGAAAGCGGUUAACAGCUAGUGAAGCUCUCAUGCAUCCAUUUAUUUCUCAGAAGACGUAAUUAACGGGUUUAGUCUUACAUAAAAAAUUCAGACAAUGUAAAAAUUAAUAAAGUUACUGUUUUAUAGUUUUAUUAAAUUAACGCAAAAAUAAA